AUGUUACUACGAACAGCCGGCAGAACAACGAACCGCCUGACAGCGUUUACAAGACUGACUAGAGGGUUGACCAGUAUUAAUCCUCCACCGGGACCAAUCGAGAAUCUUCCCAGUGCGCACAACGGUAAGAUAUUGAAGACACACUUUACUGAUGAAUCGACAACUAUCACUUUUAUUACAAAAGAUUCUCCAGGACAUGAACCUUUCACGGUAACCUUCAACAACUUGUUUUUGAGAGAUUCUUCUCGAUCGGAGAAGUCAGUGGAUCCCAAAUCGGGUCAGAAACUUUUUACUACAGGUCACUUGGUUUCUGAUCCAGACUCUACGGUACCCAAACAGGUGGAGAUCUCACCAGAUUCGCAAAGUGUAGCGAUCAAUUGGAAGGAUGGUGACCACUACCGUUAUUCGCUGGAUUUUAUCUACAAGUUCAAAGGCUCCACUUUUGUCACGGAUGCAUUGAGGAACACUGUCUCGAAGCACAAACCUGUGCUUUGGGAUAAGAAAACUUUGAAAGGCCAUAUGGAGGAUCUGGUAUCUGUCAAUUACGACGGGUUCAUGAAGAAUGAGGAACAGUUAUAUAAGGCACUCACUACUCUGCAGAAAUACGGUUUGGCACUUAUUAACAAUGUACCCAAGGGUAAUGAAGAUGCAGUGAAGGAUAUAUGUGAGAGAGUGGGUCCUAUCAGGAAUACAAUUUAUGGCGAGACCUUUGAUGUCAAAAGCAAUAUCACCACAACUUCCAACAUUGCAUACUCCAACCUAGCACUCCCAUUACACAUGGAUCUGCUUUACAUGGAGAACGUCCCAGGGUUCCAACUGCUACACAGCAUUAACAACUCUCCCGACGAAGCAGGUGGUGUGAACAUCUUCGUAGAUGCAUUCCAUGCUGCCAGACACGUCCGUGAACAGGAUGCCGAAGGGUACGAAGCAAUGCAACAUGUUCCUGUAAACUAUCAGUACUCCAAAGACGGCCAUUGUUACUAUCAAUCAAGGCCCAUGAUCGAACAGUACGAUAGCAACGAGUCCAAUACCCUGAUGGGAAACUACGAGUAUCUGAUCAAGCGUGUAUACUACUCACCUCCCUUUCAAGCUCCUUUCACCGUCGGUAUCUACGAGAAGGCCCCAGAAACUAACACAUCUAAAGGUAAAGUGACUGAGAGGUUUUUGUUCAGAGAUUUUGCCCAUGGUAUUGGACUAUUUGACCAAUUCAUCAAUAAAGCUGAGAACCAAUUCAAGAUAAAGCUACCGGAAAACACUUGUGUGAUCUUCAACAACACAAGAAUUCUGCACGCAAGAACAGCAUUUAAAAGCUCAGAUAGAUGGCUGAAGGGCUGUUACUUGGAUAGAGACUCUUUCAAGAGUAGACUCAAGUAUUUAGAACAAAAAUAUAAAUAG